AUAACCAACAAAAAUUUUUCCAAGGUUAGGAUUAUUGUUUACAAAAAAUCCAAAAAAACAAAAAAAAAAUAAAAUGAGAGACCAUUUAGUUAAACUCCUAGGUACUUUAGGCUACGUUUUUCAAUACGGAUGUGUAGUUCAUUGCACCUUUGAAUAUGUAGGCGAUUUCGUCCUGUGCUCAGGCCCUUCGAUGGAACCGACAAUUGCUUCCGACGAUAUUCUAUUUACCGAGCACGUAUCGGUGCUUACUCAGUCGAUGAAAAGAGGCGAUAUCGUCAUAGCCAAGUGCCCCACCAACCCUAAACAACAAAUUUGUAAGAGAAUUGCUGCCUUACCUGGUGAAAAAAUCAAGACGGGAUUCGCCAGCUACGAAUUCGUCCCAUUGGGCCAUGUUUGGCUGGAAGGCGACAACUCGAGCAACUCAACAGACAGUCGAAGCUACGGCCCCGUACCCAUCGGCCUGAUAAGAAGCAAGGCCGUCUGCAAAAUUUGGCCCCCCAAACACGUGACCAUGUUAAGCGGAACUUAAUUUAUUAUAAUAAUUAUGGUUUAUUUAUUACAUAAAGAAAAUCUAUUGCGGUACCGUAAACCCUUUCUAAUAUUUCCUUAAUUACGUCGAUAAUCUCUUGCCGUUCC